GAGCCUCGGGGCCCCGCGCCCGCGACUGCCCCCUCGCGCGACACCGGCAGCAUGGCCUUCCCCCCCGGGCGCAGCGGGGACGCCGACACAGCGGCGGAGGAGCGCGAGCGAAGGCAGAAGGAGCUGGCGCGGGACGAGGAGCUCGCGGCGCAGCUCUGCGGGGACCUGCGGCUGACCUCCCCCGCCGAGCACGGGGCGCCGUGCGCGGAGGCGCCCCUGCCGCGGGUCGGCGACGGCGCCCUCGCGGCCAGGGCCCCCGCGGAGGCGGCAAGGGGAGGCAGCCUCGGGCCCGCAGACUUCGGCGCCGCCGCCAGCUGCGGGCAAGAGCCUGAUCACACGGGGAUCUCGGACGGUACCCACUCGGGCGUCGAGUACCACGCCAUGGAUUCUGACGGGGACGACGCGUUCCUGGAGCCGCCGCGCACGAACGUCAUGGGGACCGCUCAGGUCAUGUGUCGAGCCCUGACGACGCUCGUGAUGAGCUGGCGGAGCCCGCCGACCGUACCGGGCGACAGCCUCACUGCGAGAUUGGGCUGA